AUGUCAACUUAUUUCACAUUACAAGCCCAAAACAACAAAUCCAACAAAAUCAUCGAAUAUCGCAUCCAAGACUUACCAGACGAUCGAUUCUUAGAAGCUAUAAAUUUAUUUUGUGAAGAUUUUCUGCCAGACGAGCCAAUGACAUCGAGUAGGAAUUUGCACGGAAAUGAAAACGGCAAAAAGGAAAUCUGCAACAUUUGGAUGGAUAUAAUGAAACAACGGCUGAGUAUUGCUUGCUUUAGGAAUGAUGGAGGUGGCGAUGAGACUGUGGGGUGA